ACAAGCGUCGUCCUACUCGUGUCGUGUCGUAACCUUCAUCAACUCAAAAAAAGAAAAAAAAAACUCGUCUUUUUGCAACCUUUCUCGGCGACAAGGGAGGGGAGGAAGGGAGGAAGAUGAAGUACCCGGUUGGGUUCCGCUUCGCCCCGACGGACGAGGAGCUGGUGGAGUACUACCUCCUGCCCCGGCUGCAGGGCCGGCAGCACGUGCCCAACCUCGCCAUCAUCCAGGACAACGUCUACCAGUGCCACCCGGACGACCUCGUCAACGGCAAGUACAAGGACAAGGGGCAGGACAACAACUGGUUCUUCCUGACGUCGAGGACCCGCAAGUACGUCAACGGCGGCAGGCCGGCCCGGACGACGGACGACGGCCGGGGGCGGUGGAAGGCGUCGACGGGCACCACGGAGGUCGUCGGCGCCACCGUCACGUACAAGGAGAGCGGCCUCGCCUACCAUGAAGGCCCCAUCAAGACCGAGAGGAAGACCAAGUGGCUCAUGCACGAGCUCACCGUCCCCGAGUACGAGAACAAGCUCGACAAGAGCGGUGUCGACCGGCCCAAAACCGAUACGCUGGACGAGUACGUCAUGUGCAGGAUCUACGUGACGCCGAGGAAGCGGAAAAGGAACGACGACGAGGCGGGCCCCAGCGGGACGCCGGAAGAAUUUACGUGUCUGCUGGCUGCGUCGCCGGAGCUCGGCCCGGUGGAGACGGCGGGGCCGAAGCUCUCGGAGCGACAGGCGGGCAAGAGGCCCGUCGAGCCGGAGCAGCCUCUGGACCGAUGCUUCGGACCACAAGACGGCAUGCAGGUGCGCCGUUUCGGGACUGCUACUGGGUACCCCCACGGUGGAACCGGGCUGACGACGAUGGCAUACAACCCCCAUACAUCAAUGGCGCGGCCGCCGGUGGCGUUCACCGGCCAGAUGCCCGCGUCCGGGGCCGCCGCACCUCCCCAUGGCUAUUUCGCCCCGGCAACGAUGAUGGGACGCCAUUUGGGCGCCCCGUCCAGCCAAGCGUUCGGACCACCGCUGGUGACUCUCGCGCGACGUCCACAGAUGAUGCAGAAGCAGCCGGAGACGGAGGAGAUGCGCCAGAAGCGAGCGUACCAGCAACAUGUGGACGAAAUGGUGAGGUGUGGCAUGAGCAUGAUGCAACAGCCUGGAGAUGCGGCUCACGCUGCGCAGCAGCCGCGACCGAUGGCGUCCAUGAAGCAGAAGCAGCAGCAACCAUACUUUGGCGAUGGAGUCAAUAAUCAUCGUGUGGCCCCUCAGUUCCUGCCUUGCAACAAUCAAUCAGUCCAAGUUCAGAAUUGGCAGUGCAGUUGGGCGGUCCCAGCUGAUUCUGGCGCGACGACGGUGCCGGCGACGGUCAAGGCGAAGGAGGUUGCAGAGACUGGGGCCGCAAACGAGGGGGCCGACGUCAAUGGGGAUUGCAACAGUGAUAGUGAGAAGCGCUCUGUGGAGGCUGAGACCAAGGGUGUGUUUCCUUGAGCCCUGGAUUAUGAGAAAAAUAAAACUGUUGUGAGCCGUGAGCUGAGAGUCAUGAAAAAGCUGUAAGUUGUUUUUUUUUUUUUUGCGGGUGAAAAGCUGUAAGUUGUUUGAUUGAAACAACCGUGAAACUAGAGAUUUGACAUGAAUUGUCUGCAAUGAAAGAAUAUGUUUAUAUGUUAA